AUGUUAAAUAGUCAAUUGAAUGAUUCAUGGAAUUUAUUUAAACAUAUUUUCAAAAAAGAAUAUUUGUCGAAUCAAGAAGAAACAUAUCGUCGUCAAAUUUGGGAAGAAAAUCUUUCAAUUAUUCGUAAACAUAAUCUUGAAUCUGAUUUUGGUAUGCAUACAUAUACACUUGAAAUGAAUCAAUUUGGUGAUAUGACAAAUGAAGAAUUUCGAAAACAAAUGAAUGGUUAUAAAAUGAAUUUAAAAAAUGAAACAAUAAAAUUUGAUCGUCAUAAAUUUUUAACUCCAUCAAAUAUUGUUUUACCAGAAAGUGUUGAUUGGCGUACAAAAGGUUAUGUAACACCUAUUAAAGAUCAAGGUCAAUGUGGUUCAUGUUGGGCUUUUUCAACAACAGGAUCACUUGAAGGACAACAUUUUGCUAAAACAUCUAAACUUGUUUCACUUUCAGAACAAAAUUUAGUUGAUUGUUCACUUAAUUUGGGAUGUCAUGGUGGUAUUAUGGAUCUUGCUUUUCUUUAUAUCAAAUCUAAUGGAGGUAUUGAUACUGAAUGGUCAUACCCAUACGAAGCUGAACGUAGAAAAUGUCGUUUUGAUCCAAAAAAUAUAGGUGCUACUGAUACAGGUUUUGUUGAAAUUAAAAUGGAAAAUGAAACAGAUCUUCAAUAUGCUAUAGCUACUGUUGGUCCAAUAUCAGUAGCUAUUGAUGCUUCGAAAAGUUCAUUUCAAUUUUAUUCAUCUGGAGUUUAUGAUGAACCUCAUUGUUCAACAUAUUUACUUGAUCAUGGUGUUUUAGCUGUUGGAUAUGGUACUAUUAAUUCAAAAGAUUAUUAUAUUGUUAAAAAUUCUUGGGGAACCAAUUGGGGAAAUCAAGGUUAUAUUUGGAUGAGUAGAAAUAAAAAUAAUCAAUGUGGAAUAGCGACUGUUGCAAGUUAUCCACUUGUUUAA